CUUGUCGCGCCAAGGGGCCAGCGUUUGGAUGGCCAGUGUUAAGCUAUAGUGUGGCUUCGAUCCAUUCUUUUAUUGUAUAUUUUAUUUUAUUCAUGAAUUACAUGUUUUAAUAUAGUACCAAAAGUAUUAUUAAUGGAUACUGAAGAUUUUCAAAUGGCUACAGCACCAUCAAAAUCGUGUUUUGCCUUACGUUUAUCAGAAGUGUUUUGUCGCCAUUUUGCUUAAAUGCUUAAACGGCUCGAAGACCUCUUUUUCAGACCAAUGGACUGUUUUAUUAAAAUUAUAUUACGCUUAUAAAUGUUUUUAACUUAAGUACAUGCUAUUAUAUUUAUUAUGGCCCACCAACCAGGGACUAUGAAUCUGCUGAUUCAAGAUACAAAUGGAAAUCCACAGCUUAUUAAAGUUCAGAAAAGUCAACCCAAAUCUGCUAAACAAGAAACUCUUAAAAUCCUCUCUCAACAUAAACCUGGUACAUUAGCACAGGUUGUUAAUGCUAGCUCAGGUUCUAUUAUUCCUCAGGGUGCUCAAGUUUUAAGGGCUGUUGCCAUCCAAGGAAAACAAAGACAAUUAUUUACUAUUCCUGCGAUCACGCAAUUUCAGAAUAUCCUAAAACCAGAGCGGCAGUCUGCUCCUCAGACUACUAAAACAAUACAAUUACCAUCACAAUCUGUGCAAGUUUUGCCGAACCCUUCUAAAAACUAUAUUGCCCCUAUUCUUGAUUCUGGUGGCAACAGUAGGAAAAGAAAAGAUAGCGAAAACGGUGAUUAUGUACCUGAAUUCACCACUGGAGUAAAACGAAGAAAAUCUGAUAAAGGAGGAAAAGGUCUCAGGCACUUCUCUAUGAAAGUUUGUGAAAAGGUCAGAAAAAAGGGAACAACAUCAUACAAUGAAGUAGCAGAUGAAUUAGUUUCUGAAUUCACAAAUCCUAACCUUAUCCCUAACAGUGUUGAUCAGCAAUAUGAUCAGAAAAAUAUUAGAAGGAGAGUUUAUGAUGCAUUAAAUGUUUUAAUGGCAAUGAAUAUUAUUGCCAAAGAAAAGAAGGAAAUUCGUUGGCUUGGCCUUCCUACUACAUCAGCUCAAGAAUGUGGUAGUCUUAUUAAUGAAAAGAAAUCAAUUACUGAAAGAAUUCAAGUGAAAACUCAUCAACUAAAUGAGCUUUUAUUACAGCAAAUUUCAUACAAAAACCUUAUUCAGAGAAAUUUUGAAAUGGAAAAAACAAAAGGGCCUCCACCUCCUAAUUCAGCAAUUCACCUUCCCUUUAUUGUCGUAAAUAGUGAUAGAAAAACUGUUAUCGACUGCUCAAUAACUAAUGAUAAGACCGAAUAUUUGUUUGUUUUUAAUGAUAAAUUUGAAAUACACGAUGACUUUGAGAUUUUGAAACAAAUUGGCCUCACUCACGGUCUUGAAAAUGGUGAUAUUUCGGAAGCCAAUCUUGCAAAAAUAAAGUCUAUGUUGCCAAAAUCAAUGGAAAAAUAUGUCACAAAAAUGGCUGAAAGCAGUAAUAAUCUUAAUGGAUAUAAAGAUGAAUCUCCUUAUAGCAUUGAAUUUGUAGAAAGUGCUGGCACAUCUACUGAUUCUUAUCUUCAUGCCGAAGAUUUAGAUUCAACAGUUGAAGAAACAAGUGAUGAUGAAUCGAACAUAUCAACGGACAUCGACAUUAACUGAAUUAUGCUCCCUUCAGGGAGUAAUAGAGAUUUUCCCCUUCUUAAUUUACUUUAAAGUAUAUUUUUAUUUUUGCCUAAAUCUGACAAAAUAGUGCCUAUGAUUUUUUAUAUAUAUUUUUUUUAGCAGCCAGAUUAAGCUGUAUAAAUUUAACAUUAUAAGUUAAUUACUAAUUGUACAGAAUUUUUAUUUUUAAUGAAGCCCAUUUGUAUAUUUUUUAUUUUAUAAUCAUGUAUUUUAAACUUAAUUUACUUAAGCUGCGAUAUUACCAAAAUUCGUAUCUCUGUGUUUGUAGAAUAAAUUUUUUUCUGAAUGAAAAUAUUAUUUAAUUUCUUUUUAUUUAAUAUUUUAUUUUUUAAAUAUUUAUUCAGAAAUAUCCAUUUUAAAAAAAAACUGUUUUGAUGUAAUUAUUUAAUUUUCAACUUAUAAAAUAAAUGCCUAUUGGUAAAUCUUUGUAAUCUAACUCUGACAUUAUUUUUGUUUUUAAGUUGUUUUAUUAACUCUCACUCAUAUUCUUUACUGUUGCUAUGUUUUGUAACAACCAUAUUAGUGCUAUGUAACGAAGUAUUCAUUAAGUAUUUUUAUUUUUUCUAUUAUUUAUAACAUAGCAUCAUUUAUGUCCCAUCAGAAAUUUUAAAUAAUUAUAAAUUACAAUGUUUUAUUAUUGAUUUUUAAUCGUGUUAAUUGUUACCGUAAAUGCAGGGUUAUAAAUAAACAAAAUAUUGCAGCUUAGAGGUAGCAAGUAUUUUUUUUUUUCUUUCAAUGUAUAUUUGUAAAUGAAAUAUAUACAAACUUGUAUAUAUUACUUUUUAUUUUUGUGUUACCAGUAUUUAAAGCUGUGCUUUAAGUAUUCAUUAUUAUUAAACCAGUUCUUUUCUUUUUAAAUUUACAAAACUUAUUGGGUUUUUCCCCCUCCAAAAGAGCUAAUCAAAGUAGAAAAAUAUUGUGUGCGAUGUAUUACAAAAAAAAGUUUUAUUUUUUGUAAGCUUGCUAUAAAAAAACUGUAAAAAGUUACUGUUAUAUCAGACUCUGAAGUUAUACCAUUGCAACUAGUCUUUUUAUGUUUGAAACUAAUUUUAAUCGUUGGCUUUAUUAAGAUUGUUGUAAAGUAAUGUUACUUUUCUUAAAUCUAGUUGACCAAUUUCUGUUAUUAGCUAUAUAAAGACAAAAAAUUGUUUUGUUAUUUUUGACUGUAUUCGAGAAAUAUUUGUAAUUUUAUUCAUUGAAGGGUAUAAUUUUACACUUAGAUAAAUGAAAUAAUUAUUUUGCCAUAUUUAGUAAUGAGAUUGUUAUUUAUAAUAGUUUUAUUGUAAACAAUAAUGUAAUAUUUAGGUGACAAAUAGGAAUUAGACAUAUGUAUGUCAUGUACAUUCCCACACAUGGUCCGAAAUAAUGCAGUGUCAUUUCUUAUAGGAAUUUGAUAACAUUUAUAUGCGAGAUCUGUAUAUAUAUAUUUCUUUUGUGAACAUAUAUUUUUCAUGCAUUUCUGAUCAUAUUUUAUAUAAACUAAGUGCAACUUAUAAUUCUGCUUCUUAUUUACCCUUGUUUUGAAAUAUGUUCCUCCUUAAAUCAAGUUCAAUGAAAACAAAAAAAAAAAAUCACCUACUCACAUAAAAUGUAAUUGGUUUUAGAAAAAAUAUCCUUUCACCUCUGUUUUAAUCUGGUGUCAGAACUUGAAGAAAAUAACAAGAAUUGAAGAAUGGAUUUGGCUGGUUUUGGAAUGCCACAUCUUUUAUAUUAAAUAUAUGUUACUAAAAUUUAAUCAACUCAACAUAUUUUUUAAAAAAGCAAUAGCAUUAGAAACUAUAGCUCAUAGGUACUCUCCUCAGGACUGGCUCCAAAUUUAUACUGACAAAUCAGUUGAAUCAGCCGUUAAAAAUGCUGAGGCAGGGGUUUACUCGAGGGAAUUUCAGUUCAACGCUGCGGUGGUUGAGGAUGGUGAGAUAGCAACGAUCCUCAUAGCCCUAAGAAUGCUAUCAGGAAGGCAAGUUCAGAGCACUGUUCUCUUUGUCGACUCUCAAACAGCAAUCCUCGCUAUUACUGACGUGAAUAAAUGUCGUCUCCACAAGAUAAGCAUGGCUGAGGAUCAUAGGUAUAAAUUAUGUGAACAAGCAAAAAUAGAUGCAGACCGCCUAGACACAUGUCCUGCUUUGACGGACUUAAGAAAUAAAACAUUUUUGUGAAUGAAUAUAUAAAAAAAUCAAACUUACACUGGGCAGCAUGUCGAAUGACCAAUGACAACGGCAUAGGAAAAAAAAAACAAGGAGUGUGGAUCAAUAAUACAAAGAUAAUAACAGUAUACUUAUAAUAAAACUUUUAAUAUUAUUUCUAAAUAGAAAAAUUAAUAAAUACUUUGGAUUUUAAACUAAAUGAAAGACCAAUAUUUUCUUAUAACAUUAAGCAACUUUUCUCAAUUAAAAAUGUUAAAUCACUCCAAAUUUUCAUCAUCAUAUAGGUCUUCAAAAUCUGAAAAUAAAAAUUAUGAAAAUCAUAAAUGUAUCCUUUAAGAGAAGUAGCAAAAAUAUGAUAUUGUAAUUUAAAAAAUUAAAAUUAUUUUCUAAUUAUUGGAAAUGAAUAUCUUAAAAUUAUGUCAUCUGAGGCUUUCAGUUAUUGUGAAGAAUCUGAGAUCUAUCUAGAGAUAGAACACAAUUUACAAAAUGUUUAUAAUAAAAAAACAUUACACAUGCUUGAUAUAUCUGAUGAAUGUAGAUUGUCUCUUCUAUGAUGAUUGAUUGUUUGAAUUGAUUCUCUCAGAUAUAGUUUAUAUCAUGCUGGUUCUAUUAAUAUUGAUUAGGAGUGAUCAAUUGGGUUCAACCUAGGCUGGAUAUUAAGUGAUGCUGAGGAUUGAACUGGGAGAAGUUGAUUUGAAAAAGGUCAUUAUGAUAUUUUCCUUUCAAUUUUGCACAACAAUAUAUCGAAAGAAAAGUGGCAAAAUCACAUUUCGAUUUUUUUUUUUCGUCCACAUAAAAUUGAAUCAAUUUAAUAUAUUAAAAAAACAUAAAGCAAGCGUAUAAACAUAUACCAAUAUGUUUACAACCAUUCAAAUGCAAAUCCUUAAAUAUAUCCAUAUAUUAUAAAAUGGAGUACAAUAUAUGAAAUGAAAAUAUUUUUUUAUUAUCCUGGGACUGUUGUCCCUUUAGGACAAAUUACAGAUGAAGAAUAAAUGCCUGUGUGGCCAUACAUAAAAUUGAUUAUUUACAUUUAUUAUUAAGAUUAAGAUUUUGAAAAAAUAAUAAAACAAAAAAUAUAACUAUUACACUAAAAACAUUCUGAUAUGUAUAAUACGAACUAUAUAAUAAAACAAAAUAGCAUAAGUAAAGAAAAUCAUUUCUGGGGGAACUUUAAAAGUUCUCUUAUCUACAUUUCAUGAUCAAUCGGGUUGGGAAAGGAGUAGGUAGUUAAAAAGGAGAGAUUUAAAUGAGGAAACUGAUUGUACAUGUCGGAUAUCGGGAGGGAUGGUAUUCCAGAAGGAGACGGCUUGAAUUAUAAAGGAUUUGUCAAACGCUGCAGUUCGGUGGGGAGGUGAAUAGAGGUCGGAGGUACGAGAUCUAGUGAGACGGGAUUGAAUGGAAUAUUUGAAUUGUAGGUUGUGAAAAAUAUAGGAAGGUCGCUGAGUUCUGAUGACUUGGUAUAGAAAAGUGGCAAGGAAGUACAAACAGCGGUUGGAUGGAUAGAGCCACUUCAACUUGGUGUAAUACUGGGUUAUAUGCGUAUAUCUUGAGAUUCCGAAAACAAAACGUAUUGCGCAGUUCAUUAGGCGUUUAAGUUUGGUCUCGAAUUCUCCCGAGUGUCCGCCGUACACCAGACAGCCAUAGUUGAAGUGGGGGAACACAAGGGAGGAAACCAUGAGUUGACGGGAUUUAUAUGGAAGAAGAUAGCGGAGACGGUUAAACUGUUUCAGGGUAGAGAUAGUACGACGGGAAAUUUGGGAGAUGUGUGGUUUCCAGGAGAGGGUUUGAUCGAACGUAACAGCAAGGUUUUUUACGGAAGUAUGGAAUGAGAUAGGUGAGUUGUUCAGGAAAAGAUUGGGGAGUAUCUGUAUGGAUUUGAGGAGUGAGGGAGAUCCGAUCAGAAUGGCUUUUGUCUUAUUGGCGUUUAGAGUAAUCCUAUUGUGAUUUGCCCAGGCACAUAUUGCAUUUAUAUCUUCCUGUAAUUUUUGGAUGGCGCCAGAGGAUUCGGUUGGAUUGAAGGAGAGGUAAAUCUGGACGUCGUCGGCGUACAGAUGGUAUUGACAGUGAAGGAUAGAGGAUGAAAGGUCAUUGAUGUAGAUGGAAAAAAGGGUUGGAGACAAAGAGGAGCCUUGUGGGACACCCCUGGACAAAGGUAAAGGUUCUGAUGGAGGGUUAUAUGGUGUCUUCAAGGCAUAUAUAAGCCCUUAUACUAUAAAAAUUUAUUCAUCAUUCAACGAUGUUUAAAAUUUUCAACACAGUACAAAAUAAUAAAACUAGAAAAACCCUAGAAUCAACUUAUAUUACUAAGAAUAUAACUAAUGCAGUAAAUUUCCAAUUGAAUGUUAAAAAUAUAGGCCAACUUCAUUUCCAUAUAUUAAAUGAGAUUAGUUUUUAAUUAGAUAGAUCAUUGGAAAAUAAUAAAUAUCCCAUUUACUUAUUUAGUUAAUUCCUGCAGAGACAUCUUCCUCCUCCCAGAUUCUCCGCUGUUCUUGGUCAUAUUCCUAAUGCCAAUUACACCAAGUAGUUCUUGGAAGUAUUCUUCACUGGUCCAUUAUAUUGUUGUUUUUAUUCAAAAGUUUUCCACUUCUGUCCUUGAUGAAUUUUAGCAAUUGGUAGAUGAGUUUUUGAUUUUAUUUGAAAUUAACCUCUAAAUUCCAACCAACUUUUCCUCUUUGCCAGGAUUGCAGCUGCUUUCACUAUCUUUCUUUUAUUUUUAUAAGCACCACUAGAUUUUUUGUGGCAAGUUAAUGCUUCCAUGCAUCUUUUUUUCCCCUUUAUGUUCUCCUUCAGUUCCUGUGACCACCACAGUGUCCUCCUUUUACGACCGUACGUUCCUCUCCAUACCCACACAUACUGUCAGCAGCAUCGAAAGAAGAAUCUUGCAGAAUGCAGACCAGCAAUCUUCAAUGUUGUCCAAUUCCUAUUGAGCUUAUAAAAUAUGAAGUUAGUAAAGGUAGCAGAUAGAGAUGGGAUAGCACCUGAAAUGCUCCGAUACAUUGGAGAACAUGGAAGGAAAGUUCUUCUACAUCUUAUCAAUAUAAGCUGCAGCCUUAAAUUUAUGAGUGGUUUGGUUUUAUAAUUUAUAAAAUCUCAUCACUUCCAACUGCCCAUGUACAUGGUAUUUGACUUAAUAUUUAUUACGUUUUCCACUUAAUUUAUUGACAGAUUUAACCCUGCUUCCUUUGUGACAUCCAUUCACCAAAGUGCGUUUCAACUUGUGCCCGGCCUUAAAGGUAAGCUAUGAUGCCACCAGAUGCCAUUUAUGUUAGUUUUAGUAUCUUUUUUAUUUAGUAGUGAACUCUGUAUUAACCACAGAUUCAGUUUAGAAAUACUCAAUAGUCGAUAAGUAGCAUUGUUUCAAAAACUCGACUUUACCAAUAGUUCAGAAAAGGUUGAGUUGCCUUCUCAUUUUUAACUGUUAAUAUUGGCAAACAAUAAGAUACAAGUUGUAUUAUUUAAAAUUUAUUUUACAUUAUAUUUUUAGUUAAUGCACGGUUGGUACAAUUCAUUGGCUGGCAAACCCCGUUUGUAUGAUCCCUGGGGCUGGUAUUUACUAGCAAUAUGACAGUUGGCAUCGUAGGAUAAUUAGUAUGUACUUUUUAUGGUAAUAAAGAAAAUAAAUUACUUAUGUAGCACUACAAUAAAAUAAGAACAGAAAAAUAAUUUUAUUCUGGGACUAAAGUCCCUUCAGAAUAACAUCAGAAGUUCAAAAAAUAUGUACAUCAGUCUGGUAUGUUGUUAUAAUACAAAUAUAUACAUAGAAUCCUAAGAAAAAUACAAUCAUAUACAAAAAAUACUGAAAGAAAAAUAAAAGAAAAAUAAAAGUAAAAUGGCAAUUAACUGUUGACAAGCAAUUAUAAUUAGAUAAUCUAAGAAUCACCCGUAACUCAUUAAAUCUUAUAACAGAGAAAAGCAAAGCUUCACAAAUCAAGUAUCAACUUUUACUUCCUCCCAGUUUAUGAAUAUAAAAUAAAGGUGACAAAAAUAAAAUAGUAGGAGCUUUGUUUUUAACAUUAAAAAUCCUAAUCAAAGUUUAAAAUAUGUAUCCUCUAAAACUUAAUACUUGUUAUUUAAAAGACUAUUUUUUUUUUUACUCAAACUAUUUAUUGUAGUCAAUUUUCUUUCAUUUAUAAUAAAUAAAUUUAGUAAUAAAUUAUAAAUUUUUAAUAUUUGUGUCUCCCGAAAUAUUGGUCAGGGAAAACUGUCAUUAAGUAGAGAAAAUCAGAGAAUUUUACUUUAACAGUCUGAUAAAAAUCUGAAAAUAGAAAAAAAUGUUAGUAUGUCAUAAUUUUGGCAAAGCUAAAAGAAUGCUGGGAAAAUUGUGGAAUACCAGGAUGAAAUCAAAAUUAAAAGUAUUCUAACAGAAUUACUAAAUAGAACAGACAAUACAGGAAGAAUGAGAGAAAAAGAACAACUGAUUAAGGCUCCAUGGGAAAGACUUCAUUAAUAAUGUCUUUUUCUUGUAAAAUUAAAUAGAAGUUGUCAAACUUUUAACAGGACUGAACACCAACUAUCUAUACAGCAGUAACUGUACUUAUCAUCUUUAAAGUUAUUUGGAAUAAUUAAUUUUACUUUCUUUUUGUUUUGCAGUAUUAUAAGCCGUAUCCACAAUAACUUAAUAAUUAAUUAAUCAAUAAAUAAUAUAAAAAUACAAUAAAAUAUAUUAUUUAUGAAAAUCUCUCACUACCAGCUUCAUGCUUCAAGAAAGUAAUAGCUUCUAAAUUUUCUCAAUACUGAUAUUUAAAAACAUAACGUAUAACAAAAAUAAUUCACCAUUGAAGAAGUCAGGAUGAACAG